AUGUCUAGCCAGCCUCUUCUCCAAACCGCUCCCGGCAAGCGAAUCGCCCUGCCAACCCGUGUCGAGCCAAAAGUCUUCUUCGCCAAUGAGCGAACCUUCCUCUCCUGGUUGAACUUCACCGUCAUCUUGGGCGGUCUGGCCGUCGGCCUGCUGAACUUCGGUGACCGCAUCGGUCGCAUUUCUGCCGGUCUCUUCACUUUCAUCGCCAUGGCCGCCAUGAUCUACGCAGUCAUCACUUUUCACUGGCGAGCGCAGAGUAUUCGCCGUCGCGGUCAAAGUGGAUUCGACGACCGAUUUGGCCCUACUAUCUUGGCCAUUGCCUUGUUGGCUGCUGUCGUUGUCAACUUCAUACUGCGUAUGCAGGACAACGAGCUGAACUGA